CGCUUGAUAACAACAACAAAGAGGUGAGCACUGCCCCAGCCGACUCACUGGACGAUAAGAAGAAUGGCUGAAAAAGAGUUUCUAUCAUCACGCCUUGUGGUCCCCAUUCUCCUCUUGAUUGCCUGGAUCGUGGGCUGCAUCGUAAUGGUUUAUGUUGUCUUCUCCUAGAAAGGCAAGAAGAUUUCAGACUGACAUCAUUUAGAAGAAUGAAGAAAAAUAUGGAAAUGACUAAUGAUUAAAUGUUUCUCACAUGGAUAACUGAAAUGUUUGACAACACUUUAUAAACUUCGAUUUGUAAG